AUGGCUACCCCCAGUGUCCUUACCUUUGAUGCUAAGGGUCGUGAUGUUGACUUUGAGGUCUGGGUCGAUGACCUCCAGCUGUUCCUACAGUGCGAUAGGGCUGACGGAUUCUCGCUGUUCGAUCUCACCUCUGGUGCCUCUCCUGCCCCGCCUGCUACUGCUGACAGCACUGUUCGCUCACAGUGGGCCACACACGAUGCUGCUGCCCGUCUUGCUGUGCGUCGCCACUUACCGACCACUGAGCAUGCGCACUUUAGCCAGUACAAGAGUGCUCAGACCUUGGGUGUUCCCCUUCCCCUCUCUUGCCCUUUGUUGCUUCUGCUGCUGCGGCCGACCUCGUUGGUUUCGAGUCGGUCGGCGCGGCGUCUGCCCUUAGCGGGAGACGCCGCACCGGCAAGGGAAAAGGGGGCAAGGGCGCUGGAGGGGCUGGCGGGGGUGGUGGAGGUGGUGGUGGAGGCAGUGGAGGGGGUGGGGGUGGUGGUGGGAGUGGUGGCGGGGGUGGAGGUGUCGGUGGCAGCAGUGGAGGCGGAGGAGGCGGCGGCGGUGGCGGAGGGAGCGGAGGUGGCGGAGGCGGCGGAGGUGGCGGAGGCGGCGGCGGCAACGGUUGAGCUGGUCGUGGCUCUACGCAGAAGAGUGGGUCCGGUGGUGGUCCGCGCCAGCAGCAGCAGCGCAGUCGUGAGACCCUGUCCCCUCAGCGGCUUCGUGAGUGGUACGCUGCGCGUCAGCGUGUGCGGGGGCCCGCACUCCACCCAGCGCUGCUUCGGCCGCCUGACGGACGCGUGGCGUCACCAGUUCCCUGACGCCACUGAGAUCCCUCGCUGGGGAGAGCAAUCUAGGGCGGGGGUUGCUAUCUUUGAUCUUGAUUAUGAUGCUAUUCUUGCUGCCAUGUAUGCUGUGUCUGAUAGUGCUGAGGGUGACUGUUACUUGUGUGUUCCGCUUGACCCGGGCAUUGAGGCUGCUGCUCUAGGUGCUGGUGAGGUUGCUGCUCUAGGUGCUAGUGCGUCUGCUGCCCCAGGUGCUGGUGAGUCUGCUCUCUCAGGUACUACGUCGGCUCAGACCUUACACACCUUCACCCUUGACUCGGGUGCUUCCCGCUCCUUCUUUCGAGACCGCACCACGCUUACGCCGCUUAGUCGGCCGGUUGCGGUCUCCCUGGCGGACCCCUCUGGGGUUCCUGUCCUUGCUAGCUUCUCCACUGUCUUACCGUGCCCGGAAGCCCCCUCUGGCACCCUGUCAGGUCUCUACCUCCCCUCGUUCUCUACGAACUUGGUGAGUGGAGCUGAUCUACAAGACAGGGGGGUUGACCAGUUCACGCCUGCGAGUCAGCGGGUGACCCACUGCACGUGUGCUCGGACAGGCCGACACUUGGCCACGUUCACCCAUCGGCCGGGGUCGAGCCUGUACACACUUACUACUGAGUCUCCUCCGGCUCCUGAGUCUGGUCAGAUAGCUGCGUCGAGUCAGGUGUUUGCUGCAGCGUCCAGGUCUGGUCCUGAGUCUGCUCCCUGCUCGUGUCGUCUCCUGUCCCACCAGACUCUCCUUUGGCACCACCGCCUUGGUCACCCCUCCCUGCCUCGUCUCCGAGGCAUGGCCUCCCGUGUCCUUGGGCACGAGCGUUACUUCCUGUUGGUGGUUGACGACUACUCGCGUUACACCACAGUCUUCCCCUUGCGCAGCAAGGGUGACGUCGCUAAGGUGUUGAUCGACUGGAUCCGCGCAGCUCGUCUCCAGCUCAGAGAGAGUUUCGGGUCGGACUUUCCUGUUUUGCGUCUGCACUCUGACAGAGGCGGGGAGUUUUCCUCUGCCCGUCUAGGAGCCUUCUGUCGUGCACAGGGCAUCCGCCAGACCUUCACGCUUCCGGCCUCUCCACAGCAAAAUGGGAUUGCUGAGCGCCGCAUUGGCAUGGUCAUGGACGUCGCUCGUACGUCCAUGAUCCAUGCGGCUGCUUCCCAUUUUCUGUGGCCGUUUGCGGUUCAGUACGCAGCGCAUCAGCUCAACCUUCAGCCCCAGGUCUCCUUGCCAGAGACCUCCCCCACCUUGCGGUGGACCGGGAAGGUUGGCGAUGCGUCUGCGUUUUGGGUCUGGGGAUCUCGGGUGUUUGUCCGCGACUUGUCUGCGAACAAGCUGUCCCCCCGUGCUGUUCCCUGCGUCUUCCUUGGCUUCCCCCCUGACGCGCCUGGGUGGCAGUUUUACCACCCCACCUUGCGUCCUGUUCUGUCCUCCCAGGACGUCACCUUUGACGAGUCGGUGCCUUACUACCGUCUCUUCCCCUACCGCACUGCGCCCCUCCCCCCGCCGCCGCUCUUCCUUGCGUCAGACGCAGCCGAGCCUGUCGAGGUAGCUGUUGACUCUGGUGUUGCUAGUGGUGUUGAGCCUGUGGGUGCCGGGUCUGGAGGUGCUGAGCUUGAGGGUGCGGAGCCUGGGGGUGCUGAGUCAAGGGGUGCGGAGCCUGGGGGUGCAGAGCCUGGGGGUGCUGAGCCUGGGGGUGCUGAGUCUGGGGGUGCUGGGCCUGGGGGUGCUGAGCCUGGGGGUGCGGAGCUUGGGGGUGCUGGGUCUACUCGUGUGGCCUCUCGCGGUGCAUUGUCGAGGCGGGAGCCACUCUCUCCACAGGAGCUGCGCGAGUGGUUUGCCCGGCGCUGGAGCCGUGCUGCUGGAGCUGGAGGUACUACUGUUGCUGCUGGUCCCGGAGGUGCUCGUGCUGGCGGUACUGGAGCUGCCGGUCCUGUUGGAGUUGGUGCUGCUGGAGCUGCCGGAGCUGGAGCUGCUGGGGUUGUUGGCGCUAGUGCAUCUGCUGGCGCUGGUGCGUCUGAGGGUGCUAGAGUUGGCGCUGUUGGAGCUGGAGGUGCUACUGACGCUUGUGCUGCCGCUCGGAGUACUGGUGCUGUCCCUGCUGAUUCUGGAAGCGCUGCGCGGCUGCGGCCGUACUUCGUUCCGCUCCUUGAGCAGGUUCUUGAGUCUGACUCUCUUCGUGCUGCCAGUCCUAUUGUCACGCGUCUCCUGGCCACUGUUGUCACUGACCCUUCGUUUGAGUACACUACUGCGUCGGCCCUCGUUACUGAGCUUGUCGACUUUGCUGCUCGCUGUUGUCUAGACUACGCUGCUAGUCUUGUUGCCGAGUCUGAGUCUGUCUGUCCUCCGUCUGUUGGGGUUGAGUGUGCUCUUAGCACGGACGUCCUUGAGGACAGGCGGGAGGAGUUCCAGUGUUUUGCUGCUGCUUUGCCUCAUCUCGUGUCCACGCUGAUUGCCCCUGAGGGAGACCCGGAUGCACCAGACAUCCCGACUCCUCGAUCGUACGCUGAGGCGAUCGAGGGUCCCUACUCCUCUCAGUGGCAGUCAGCCAUGGAUGCAGAGAUGGCUUCCUGGAAGUCCACAGGCACCUACGUCGACGAGGUUCCCCCACCUGGGGCGAACAUCGUCAGUGGCAUGUGGAUUUUCAGGGUGAAGCGGUCCCUGGGUUCUCCGCCGGUCUUCAAGGCACGUUACGUGGCUCGAGACUUCAGUCAGCGGCAGGGAGUUGACUACUUUCAGACCUUCUCUCCCACCCCAAAGAUGACCACUCUUUGGGUGCUGCUGCACAUAGCCGCUCAGCGCGACUACGAGCUUCACUCUCUUGACUUCAGCACAGCGUUCCUGCAGGGCAGCCUGCACGAGGAGAUCUAA